GGUCUUCCUCGGCGGAUGGAGCCGAGCCGCUGGGCUGAACCCUGAGGGAUUCACUUCCUCCCAAAACAAACGGGACAGACUCGGAGGUGGAGCGGUGACUUUAACGCUUUACACCGGAUAGAUCUACACGAUUACACCUCUGAGCGAGAAGAGAGAGAACAGGGAUGUGACCAAGCGUGGAAACAGCCGGUGAAUGGAAAAGCUGGAAGAUAAUGACAUAAAGUAGGAAGCUCAUUCGAGGCAGAAAUGUCGUCCAGCCACCGUCUGAGGGACGUGGAGCAGCAGCGCCCCCUGCUGGACAGGGAUGAGGACGAGGAGGCGGCGGUGGUGGAGAGGAGUUCCCGCAACGAGGCCAGGCAGCUCUGGUUCAUCCAGGACUGCUGCGGCAUGGUCUGCGCCCUCAUCACCUGGUUCCUGGUCUUCUUCGCCGACUUCGUGGUCACCUUCGUCAUGCUGCUUCCCUCCAGGAGCUUCUGGUUCGCCGUGAUCAACGGGGUGGUCUUCAACAGCCUGGCCGUGCUGGCGCUGGCCUCCCACCUCCGCACCAUGCUGACCGACCCGGGAGCUGUUCCUAAAGGCAACGCCACGAAGAAACACAUGGAGAGUCUGCAGCUGAAACCAGGAGAGGUCGUCUACAAAUGUCCAAAAUGCUGCAGCAUCAAACCUGAGAGGGCUCAUCACUGCAGCAUCUGUAAACGCUGCAUCCGUAAGAUGGACCACCACUGUCCCUGGGUCAACAACUGUGUCGGAGAGAAGAACCAGCGCUUCUUCGUCCUCUUCACCAUGUACAUCGCUAUAAUCUCCAGUCAUGCUCUGGCUCUCUGUGGAUACCAGUUCAUCUUCUGCAUCAGUGUCCAGUGGAGAGAGUGCAGCGAUUUCUCUCCUCCAGCGACGAUGAUGCUGAUGAUCUUCCUCAGCAUGGAAGGCCUCCUCUUCCUCACCUUCACUGCCGUCAUGUUCUGCACUCAGCUCCACUCCAUCUGCACUGACGAGACGGAGAUCGAGCGCCUGAAGAACGAGAAGCCGACAUGGGAGCGUCAGACUCGCUGGGCAGGGCUGAGGUCGGUGUUUGGAGGUCAGCCCUCUCUGCUCUGGAUGAGCCCCUUCGCUGGACUGAAACUACCAACCUUUCUCCCCAGACGCACCUGGAGGGGUGGGGUGGAGUUCUCAGUCUGACACGCUGUCAGUCCCUCCUGGUGGUGGUGGUGAAUCAAAACAAACCACUGUCGUGACGUUAGAGUCCAGCUGGGUUUGUGGAGCAUUCAGCUCCUCAGAGUUUUUACCCGGAGGCUGAAGCUCAGUUUCCCUGAGUGUCCCUGAAUCUAACGCUCGUCCUCUGACGUUCCUGUGGAGGGUAAGGCGGGGGAACAUCAUCUCAACUUGGUGCAAAAAAAGAUCUCUCAACCCCGUCACAGCGACUGAAGCCCGAUGUUGCUGGAUAUGUGGAGAAUCUGUAGAAGUAUUUCUUUUUUAAAUUUGCUCAUUAAGAUGCUGGAUCUUCUUGGAGCAGUUUUGAUUACAGAAAUUCUUAUUUGACUGAUAAUCAUUGGAUUUGUUUUGUCGAACUGUUGGGAACCGCUCCUCUAAAGAAUGUGUUUGUUACUGACAGGUUGAUCUGCACCAUGCAUCAACAUAAAACUGAGAGUCACAAUGAAGUAUUAUAACAGAUAUUAUGAUGAUUUUCCUUUCUGUUGAGUUUGGAUGCAUCCAUUUAAAAAAUCAUGAAAAAAUCUUAUGAAAACACUGUUUCUCCCUCCUAAGAUCCAGAUCCUCCUUUUCAUCUUAAAGAAACAUUGUGCAGUUAUCACACCCUCAACUUAAGCUGAAUGUUAGAUCAGUUAAAAAGGUUUAUAAGUCAUAAAAAACCAGCUUUUAUCUCCAAUAUCCAGCCAGGAAACUUUGAAAAUAUCAAAAAUUAGAAACAGAGUUUGAUGUGUUUGCUGCAGCUUUGAAGAAAGACUUUCUAUAUGCUACAUGUACGACAGGUCUGUACCACGAGUUUCUCAUUCGGACCAAAGACUGUUUUCUAGAUGACUGCUUGAUGCUACAAAAUUCUCUAAAAUUGCUUGUACACGUUCUUUCCUGAGGCCCAGUGCUCUCGAUGCACCGUUUCUUUCUGACUUUUACAGUUUGGUAAACAAAAACUUUGCUGUUAAGUGUGUAGUGAUGGAGAGAUUGAACCUUGUGUGUGUUACGUGUUUCAUAUCACCGAGCUCUGGUUCGAUUGCUCUGGAGAAUACGUAGGAGAUGGUUACUGAUGAAUAUGUUUUUACCUCACCCUCAGGACUGGACAGUUUUCCGUCAACACCACUUGAUAAGAUAAACCACACAGGACCAACAACUGAUUUCAAACUGUUUCUCUCUGGUUAUUUCAUGCUGCCUCUUCCUCCUGCUCAGGGGACUUUUCUUUAUUCACUUAAUUAUCCUCCACAAUAUUUCAGUAAAGUGUCUCUCUUGUUUUUACCUCUUCAGAUGAAAUAAGAUCAUGGAAAAAGCCUUGAAUUGGCUUGAAUAUGUUAACAACAGUAUUCACAGAAGAUAAAAUGGUCUUUAAGUCUAGGUUUAAACCUGAUGAGACUUUCAGACAACCUGGAGAAAGUUUUGGAACUAGAAUCUGACUUUUCAAGGAAUGUAUCUGAACUGGAACGAUUGUACAUUUGUUUUAUGAGAUCACAGAACCUUUUGUUAUAUCUUUAUUUUUUCCCAACUUUUCACAUUUAUUAAACCAUGUUCAUCUCUA